CGAGCAUUUUCCUGCGGUUGUCUGCAGGUCAAUCACCUUCAACACGGCAUCAGCUCACAGGCCUUUAAGGCCCAGAUGGCCAUCGGUUCGUGGUACAAGACCCCGUUCUUGGACGACAAAAUCGCUACUCGAAUCCUCAGCGAGAGCAUG